AUGGCGAAUGCCCAAUAUGGUAUAAUUUUUAUUGUGCUGAUCAUCUACGCAGGAUUUGCUAUUUUACUCGAUUUCCGUGCGAAAGAAAUCGAAGUGAAGCCGGAGAGGCCAGCAAGGAAUAUUUCAAAACCUAUCGAGAUUCUCUAUUAUACGAAUCUAUUUCUGAAUACACCACAGCCGUACUGGAUAGCUGGGGAGGAAUGUAACAAUGUGAAAAAGGGCUCUUGCAUUGUGCACAGCAACCGAUCGCGCAUUUCUGAAGCUGACGCCGUCGUUUUUGAGCCGAGGUUUAUCGAUUUUGACCUUCGUACCGUACCCCGGAAUGGCGAGCAAGUUUUUGUCUUUUCCGUCAAUGAAUCUCCAGAGCGUUUUGGACCUCCGGCGCAUAUUGAAAACUUUUUCAACGCAUCCAUGAAUUACCUAUUUACGGCUGAUAUUCCGUUUAACAACAGAUACCGUUGGCUUGAUAAGGAAAUGGCGGGAAAAGAAGCUUUGCCGUUCCGACCAAUUGGGAUAGACCAAGAAAAACUACACCGAAAUCGAACCCACCUCAUCAGUGCGUUCAUCGGGAAUUGUCGAUCGACGCCUAUAUGCAUGGACUAUGUGACGGAAAAAUAUUGGAAUCGAUCGACCUAUCAUAGCGUCCCGAUACUGUGGAGCCGCGAGGUCGCGAAAAACCAAGGGAUCCCAGAAAAUUCCGUACUAUACGUUGAAGACUAUGAGAGUAUGACGAAUCUGCUGUUGAAGUUGCAAAACCUGGCAAAUUCUACGGCUGAAUACGAGAGGCUAUUUUCAUGGAGAAAUAACUACAUGUUCCUUCCCGAGCAUCCGUCUCGAGAAUGUAAUUUGUGUGAAUACGUACAGCGCCGGCCACCGUAUAAAAGUUACCGCAACGUCUACCUGACCUUCUACGAGCAGUCGAAUUGCCAGCGGGACUUUUUGGACAACUUUUUGGCGGUG